AUGCGUUAUACCUUUCUCGGGGCGUCCAUUUCGCUCCUCUACGCAGCCAGCGUAACUGCUGUCCCCCAUUCUACCCGGGCUUCUGCUACCCCUUCUGCUCCCUCUUCAACUCCUGUCUUUAGGAUAAAUAACCUGCUUGCAUUGGCAGAUCAGGCCACAGGGGCUUGGAAAGAUGCCCAGUGUACUAGCAACAUCACCGAUGCGACACUGGAUCCCAUUGCUCGUUGGAAUGCAGCCAACGGCGAUGAUGCCUUGAAAUCCGCCCUGGAUGCCUGGGCUACUUCUGGUGCUUCCACUGGCUUGGGCUUUCCUGAGUUCAUUAGCAACUACUUUUCUGGUCCUGACAACUGGAACUGUAGAGAUAUCGGUAACACUGCUUGCUCCACGGUGCUGACCUGUAAUCAGGCCCAGUAUCCUGCCGGAGUUCAAAGCUUACAUGGGCAUGCAGAUACCUGA